CAUCUUUUGCUUCUCUUUAGGAAAAUUUGGUCCUGCUCGCCGGUAAUGCCGAGACGGUGAUCGCUGCAGAGCCUUGGGGAGCCGCCUUCCUUGCGGGAUGCCUGAAAUAAAAGUCACCCCCCUGGGAGCUGGCCAAGAUGUGGGUCGCAGCUGCAUCCUUGUGUCCAUUGCAGGGAAGAACGUCAUGCUGGAUUGCGGGAUGCACAUGGGAUUCAAUGAUGAUAGGCGGUUUCCUGAUUUUUCCUACAUCACUCAGAACGGAAGGCUGACUGACUUCCUGGACUGUGUCAUCAUUAGCCACUUCCAUUUGGAUCACUGUGGGGCCCUCCCCUACUUCAGCGAGAUGGUCGGCUACGAUGGGCCAAUUUACAUGACCCACCCAACGAAAGCCAUUUGCCCCAUUCUCCUGGAAGAUUUCCGGAAAAUCACCGUGGACAAGAAAGGGGAGACCAACUUCUUCACGUCCCAGAUGAUCAAGGACUGCAUGAAGAAAGUGGUGGCUGUCCACCUUCACCAGACUGUGCAGGUGGACAGCGAGUUGGAGAUUAAGGCCUAUUAUGCUGGCCACGUCCUUGGGGCUGCGAUGUUCCAGAUUAAAGUUGGUUGUGAAUCGGUGGUUUAUACUGGUGACUAUAACAUGACACCAGACAGGCAUUUGGGGGCUGCCUGGAUUGACAAAUGCCGUCCCAACCUGAUGAUUUCUGAAUCCACGUACGCCACCACCAUCAGGGACUCCAAACGCUGUAGAGAAAGGGAUUUUUUGAAGAAGGUCCACGAGAGCAUUGAGCGCGGAGGAAAGGUCCUGAUCCCAGUCUUUGCUCUGGGCCGGGCUCAAGAACUCUGCAUUUUGCUGGAGACCUUCUGCUGGAAUGGAUUUGAUGCAGAAGAGGAAGUGGCUCAGAGGGAAGAAGAGGGAACCCAGCUCGGGGUCCAGUGCCACAUGCCUGCCAAUGGGGAAACGGUGUCCAUUUUCACCAAUCCUAACAUCCCGGUGGAUAUUUCUCUCGGGCUACUGAAGAGAGAGCUGGCCGUUGGCCCCUCGCCGGCCUCCAAGAAGCCGAAGCUGUUGCACGGCACUCUGAUCAUCAAGGAUAACAGUUUCCGCUUGGUUUCUUCAGAGCAAGCCCUGAAGGAAUUGGGGCUGGGGGAGCACCAGCUGCGCUUCACCUGCCGGAUCCACUUCCAAGACCCCCGCAAGGAACACGAGACCGGCCUGCAUGUUUACAACCACCUGAAAAGCGCUUUGAAGGAUUAUUCCGUCCAGCAUCUCUCAGACGCCUCCAUCAUGGUGGAGUCCAUCUUGAUCCAGGUGACGGUCCAGUCUGAAGAUCCCACCACCAAACUUCUGCUGGUCUCCUGGACGUACCAGGAUGAAGAAAUGGGGAGCUACGUCACCUCUCUGCUGAAAAAGGCCCUGCCUCAGAUCACAGGAUGAAGCCCUGGGUGUCUCCAGCUGCUGCUGCCACCACAGACUUUCAGCUGCAGAGAGAGGCAGGUUUGCACAAGAGUGGGCAGAAAAGAAAA